UAAGAUGUUUUGUGGGCAGUGUUACCUGAAGUAGUUUGAAAAUGUAGCUGAGUGUCAGAAGGUGUUAUCAAGAGAUGAUGAUGCUUAGAGGAGGGCACAUGUGGUACAAUUGGGUACUAAAUACAGUCAAGACAUUAACACCAUUUGUGCAGUAAUCAUCAGAUAAUUUUCUAUGAAACAUGUUUUAUGAAAAUCUAAGUUUAGCAUAGAGACCAUUGUAGAGACAAUUCAGCCUUCUUUCAUAGGCAAUAAGUUCACAAAUACGGGCUUUAGCUCUUAAAAGUACAUGGCAGUUAUAUAAGAGAUGUAUGCUAUCCUUGGCUUUUUUUUUUUAAAUCAUUCAGCAUAAAAAGUACUUAAUGCUUUUUGUGUUUUUCAGAUUCUCUGAAGUUACACCCAUCCCAGAAUUUUCAUAGAGCUGGACUAUUGGAAGAAUCUGUCUAUGAUCUUCUCCCAAAGGAGUUACAGUUACCUCCAUCUAGAGAAACAACUGUAGCAUCAAUGAGUCAAACAAGUGGUGGUGAGGCAGGCUCGCCUCCUCCAGCUGUAGUUGCUGCUGAUGCUUCUUCAGCUCCCUCCUCUUCCUCCAUGGGCGGUGCUUGCAGCUCCUUUACCACCUCUUCCAGCCCUACCAUUUAUUCUACCUCAGUCACCGACAGCAAGGCUAUGCAAGUGGAGAGCUGCUCCUCAGCCUUGGGGGUAAGUAACAGAGGGGUAAGUGAAAAGCAGUUAACCAGUAACACAGUCCAGCAGCAUCCAUCAACACCGAAGAGGCACACAGUCUUGUACAUCUCACCACCACCUGAGGACUUGCUGGAUAACAGUCGGAUGUCCUGCCAGGAUGAGGGGUGUGGAUUGGAAUCUGAGCAGAGCUGCAGUAUGUGGAUGGAGGAUUCCCCCUCCAACUUCAGUAACAUGAGCACCAGUUCCUACAAUGAUAAUACUGAGGUACCUCGUAAAUCACGAAAACGAAAUCCAAAGCAGAGGCCGGGGGUCAAACGACGAGAUUGUGAAGAGUCUAAUAUGGAUAUAUUUGAUGCCGACAGUGCCAAAGCACCUCAUUAUGUGCUUUCUCAGCUUACCACGGACAACAAAGGCAACUCAAAAGCAGGAAAUGGAACAUUGGAAAAUCAAAAAGGAACUGGAGUAAAAAAAAGCCCUAUGUUGAGUGGACAGUAUCCUGUUAAAAGUGAGGGAAAAGAGCUGAAGAUACUUAUACAACCUGAGACCCAGCAUAGAGCUCGGUACCUGACUGAAGGUAGCCGUGGCUCAGUCAAGGAUAGAACACAGCAAGGCUUUCCUACAGUAAAGCUGGAAGGCCAUAAUGAGCCAGUAGUGUUGCAAGUGUUUGUGGGUAAUGACUCUGGUCGAGUGAAACCACAUGGAUUUUAUCAGGCCUGCAGGGUAACUGGGCGAAAUACAACUCCCUGCAAAGAAGUGGACAUUGAAGGCACUACUGUUAUAGAAGUUGGCCUUGAUCCGAACAACAACAUGACACUAGCGGUGGACUGCGUAGGGAUAUUGAAAUUGAGAAAUGCUGAUGUUGAAGCCAGAAUAGGAAUUGCUGGUUCCAAGAAAAAAAGCACUCGUGCCAGAUUGGUUUUUCGAGUUAAUAUCACAAGGAAAGAUGGCUCCACUUUGACACUGCAGACACCCUCUUCUCCGAUUUUAUGUACUCAGCCAGCAGGAGUGCCAGAAAUCUUAAAGAAAAGUUUGCAUAGCUGUUCAGUGAAAGGAGAGGAAGAAGUAUUUUUAAUUGGCAAGAACUUUCUGAAAGGAACUAAAGUGAUUUUCCAAGAAAAUGUUUCUGAUGAAAACUCUUGGAAGUCAGAAGCUGAAAUCGACAUGGAAUUAUUUCAUCAGAAUCAUCUUAUUGUAAAGGUUCCCCCAUAUCAUGACCAACAUAUAACUUUGCCAGUAUCAGUGGGAAUAUAUGUAGUGACCAAUGCUGGAAGAUCUCAUGAUGUUCAACCAUUCACUUACACUCCAGACCCAGCAGCAGCUGGUGCUUUGAAUGUAAAUGUGAAGAAGGAAAUAUCUAGUCCAGCAAGACCUUGCUCUUUUGAAGAGGCCAUGAAAGCUAUAAAGACUACUGGAUGUAAUUUAGAUAAGGUAAAUAUUCUUCCUAAUGCUCUGAUCACUCCACUCAUAUCAAGCAGUAUGAUUAAGAGUGAAGAUGUUACUCCAAUGGAAGUGACAGCAGAAAAAAGAUCUCCUAUUUUUAAGACUACAAAGACAGUUGGAUCAACUCAACAAACAUUAGAAAAUAUCUCUAACAUGACAGGAAAUGGCUCUUUUUCAUCAUCAUCAUCUUCUCACUUACCCUCUGAAAAUGAAAAGCAGCAGCAGAUUCAGCCCAAGGCAUACAAUCCAGAAACCCUGACAACUAUCCAAACACAGGACAUUUCACAGCCUGGUACCUUUCCAACAGUUUCUGCUUCUAGUCAGCUGCCUAACAGUGAUGCACUACUGCAGCAGGCCACACAGUUUCAGACAAGAGAAACUCAAUCUAGAGAGGUAUUACAGUCAGAUGGAACUGUGAUUAAUUUGUCACACCUGACUGAGGCAUCACAACAACAGCAGCAGUCACCACUACAAGAACAAGCACAGACUUUACAGCAGCAGAUUUCAUCAAGUAUGUUCCCAUCACCAAGUAGUGUGAGUCAGAUACAGAACACGAUUCAGCAGUUGCAAGCUGGAAGUUUUAGCGGCAGUACUGCUAGUGGCAGCAGUGGAAAUGUUGACUUGGUUUUAGAGGCACAACAAGUUUUAGAGGCACAACAAGUUUUAGAGGCACAACAACAGUUAUCUUCAGUUUUGUUUUCUACUCCAGAUGGUAAUGAGAAUGUUCAAGAACAGCUUAGUGCAGACAUUUUUCAACAAGUCAGUCAAAUUCAAAAUAGUGUAAGCCCUGGAAUGUUUUCUCCGACAGAGCCAGCAGUCCAUACCAGACCAGAUAAUUUAAUAGCUGGAAGAGCUGAAAGUGUUCACUCACAGACCGAAAACACAUUAUCUAAUCAACAGCAGCAGCAACAGCAACAGCAGGUGAUGGAAUCAUCAGCUGCAAUGGUGAUGGAGAUGCAACAGAGUAUCUGCCAGGCUCAGAUUCAGUCGGAAUUAUUUCCUUCAACUGCUUCAGCAAAUGGAAAUCUUCAGCAAUCUCCAGUUUACCAGCAGACUCCUCAUAUGAUGAGUGCAUUACCUACCAGUGAAGACAUGCAAAUGCAAUGUGAAUUGUUUUCUUCUCCUCCUGCAGUUUCUGGAAGUGAAACUAAUACAACCACCACACAGCAGGUUGCAACCCCUGGCACUACCAUGUUUCAAACGUCAAGUUCAGGAGAUGGAGAGGAAACAGGCACACAAGCAAAACAGAUGCAGAACAGUGUCUUUCAGACCAUUGUCCAAAUGCAACAUAGUGGGGACAGUCAACCUCAAGUUAACCUUUUUUCAUCUACGAAAAGUAUGAUGAGUGUUCAAAAUAGUGGUGCCCAGCAACAAGGUAAUGGUUUAUUCCAGCAAGGUAAUGAGAUGAUGUCACUCCAAUCUGGGAAUUUUUUGCAGCAGCCUUCUCAUUCACAGGCUCAGCUUUUUCAUCCUCAAAAUCCUAUUGCUGAUGCUCAGAACCUUUCCCAGGAAACUCAAGGCUCUAUUUUUCACAGCCCAAGUCCUAUUGUUCACAGUCAGACUUCUACAACCUCCACCGAACAGAUGCAGCCUCCAAUGUUUCACUCUCAAAGUACCAUGGCUGUGCUACAGGGCUCUAAUGUUCCUCAAGAUCAGCAGUCAGCCAACAUAUUUCUUUCUCAAAGUCCAAUGAAUAAUCUUCAAGCUAAUGCAGUAGCCCAGGAAGAACAGAUUUCAUUUUUUGCAGCUCAGAACUCAAUUUCUCCACUUCAGUCAACGUCAAACACUGAGCAGCAAACUGCUUUCCAACAGCAGCCUCCAAUGUCACACAUUCAGACCCCCAUGCUUUCUCAAGAACAGGCACAACCCUCCCAGCAAGGUCUGUUUCAGCCUCAGGUAUCCCUGGGCUCCCUUCCUCCUAAUCCAAUGCCUCAAAACCAACAAGGGACAAUCUUCCAGGCACAGCACUCAAUAGUUGCCAUCCAGAGUAAUUCCCCAUCCCAGGAGCAGCAGCAGCAGCAGCAACAGCAGCAACAGCAGCAGCAACAGCAGCAACAACAACAGAGUAUUUUAUUCAGUAAUCAGAAUACCAUGGCUACAAUGGCAUCUCAAAAACCACCACCACCAAACAUGAUAUUCAACCCAAGUCAAAAUCCAAUGGCUAAUCAGGAGCAACAGAACCAGUCAAUUUUUCACCAACAAAAUAAUAUGGCCACAAUGAAUCAAGAGCAACAACAGCCCAUGCAAUUUCAGAACCAGCCCACAGUUUCCUCACUUCAAAACCCAGGUCCUACCCAGUCUGAAUCGUCACAGACUUCCUUGUUCCAUAGCUCUCCUCAGAUGCAGCUGGUCCAGGGGUCACCCAGUUCUCAAGAGCAGCAAGUAACUCUCUUCCUCUCUCCAGCAUCCAUGUCUGCAUUGCAGACCAGUAUAAACCAACAAGAGAUGCAACAGUCUCCUCUUUAUUCCCCUCAGAACAACAUGCCUGGAAUUCAAGGAGCCACAUCUUCACCUCAACCACAGGCUACUUUAUUUCACAACACUACAGGAGGCACAAUGAACCAACUACAGAAUUCCCCUGGCUCAUCUCAGCAGACUUCAGGAAUGUUCUUAUUUGGCAUUCAAAAUAACUGUAAUCAGCUUUUAACUUCUGGACCAGCUGCAUUGCCAGAUCAGUUGAUGGCCAUAAGUCAGCCAGGUCAACCACAAAACGAGGGCCAGCCACCUGUGACAACACUUCUUUCUCAGCAAAUGCCAGAGAAUUCUCCACUGGCAUCCUCUAUGAACACCAACCAGAACAUUGAAAAGAUUGAUUUGCUUGUUUCAUUGCAAAACCAAGGGAACAACAUGACUGGCUCCUUUUAACUGGAUAUAAAUUCCAUGAAGAAAAUCCUGAUUCCAAGAUGUCCUGAGAUCUUGUGAUUCCAUGAGGAUUAUUUAACUGUUACUUUAAAAACAAAAUGAAAUAUGAAAAACUAUGAUGGAGUAAAUGGAUAGAUUUUACUCUGGCGGCAAAUGAGCACACCUAUGCUGCCUGUUGCAGUGACUAGCCACCAUCGUUAACAUGUUCAGAUUUUGUAUUCCUAAUAGCACUGAUGACUGAGAAUCUGCUUGAGUUUCAAGCUGACAGAUUUAAUUGUUGCUAUUUUCCUAGGAGCUAUUUCUUUAAAAGUACAGUUUAAAUUUAAAAGCUGGACUGCUCAGUUAUUAUUGCUAUUAGAAAAUAACCCAUAUUGUCAUGUUUACUUUUGUUCUUUGUCAUUUUCUUUCCUGCAUUGUUUUAGUCAAAUAACAGCUUUUGAAAAAGGAAAAUUCAAAUAAUAACUAAGGCUGUGAUUUUUCAAUAUAAAAAGCACAGCUAUUGGCCAAAGUGAAGGAAUCCUUUUUCAGUUUUUAUAGAAAACUGGAGAGAUAGCAUUCUGACAAGUAAGCUGUAUUAAGAGCUUUACACAGAGAAGAGGCUUCUUUAUCACAAAGGCAGACAACACACAACUGGGAACAGCUGGAGUGCUAUUGAUUUUAUUUUUCAGAUUGUUGUUUAAUUCUCUGUAUUUCUGAUAAGGAGUUCAGCCAUAAGUACAUAGAAGAAUAAUUAUCUUGCUCUUUAAAAAGUGAAGGGGAUAAUAUUAUGGUAAAUUAUAUUCUGAUAUCCUCUUGCAGUAGUUUAAAUUGACACAGCAAUUUAAAUCUGUUUUCUUCUUAACCCAGUCUUGGGCUGGUUGUUCCCUUUUUAUAUUCAUCUAUAUUAUUCCCCUCCUUUUCACUUUAUUUUAAAAAAUUGGUAAUAUAUUCCUAGCUUUGUGACCCUGUAGCAUCUUAAGGAAAAGGCCACUUUGAUCUGGGGUAACCCAACAAGUCCUGCAGCACAGGUGGGAGGUGUAAGGAGAGCUGAUUUUCAGGAAUGAGGAGAGCUGAUUCCUGAGAAACAAAAAACAAUGCAUUUUUCUCCAUGAACGGUGCUGUUCUGAAGUCUUCAAAUUUUUCCCUCUAAUGGGAAACAGUAUAAAUUUUAAUUUUUAAAAGGCAAAGUAAAAUUUCUUGAAGCGUAACUUCUCCAUGAGCUGCAGUGAGUGUAAUUUACUUGUCACCUUAGUGCUUUACAGAUUGAAGUGGUCACUAUCUGAUGGUUCCCACAAGCCUUAGGCUUUACAGGGUCAUGUCAUUGACUUAAAAUGAAGAAUUAACUUGUGUUUCAUCUAUAGAGAGCAAAAUAACACACUCCAGAACUUGUAGUUGUAGCAGUUAUACAGUUUUGGGUGUUCUUACCACCCAUGGGAUGCUUGCUUCUCAUUACAACCUGUUGUCUAGACACAUGCUUAUGUCUUAUUUUUCUUUUGGCAUGUAGAAAGCUGUUAAUACAGUUUAAGGCCAAAUUGUGUGUGGCUUCUAUAUGUAGAUAAGAUGUUUUGGUAUCUUGUCAGUUUCAUUUAUUUUUUUAAGUGUACAAAAAAUAGCCUGUUGAUUGUUUGUUGAAGGCUAUUUUUCUAUUUGGUUUGUUGUUGUUGUUAUUGUUUUCUAUCCUAUACAUUUAGUUAAACUUAGUGGAAGUGUGGUCUUGGUUUUGUUUAUACAGCCAGUUUUUUCCCCUUUUUUGUGUGAUCUUCCUUGGUUCUUUGAAUGUGCUCUUCUUCUAAUUUGUUUUUUUUUUCUUACUCAUAUAUUCUUCCCAUCACCCCCAACCUUACUUUCUCUCUCUGAUUGAGAGGCAUUGAAUUACGUUUUCAGUAGUACAGGCUUCUUGCCGAUAUGAAGGGAACUUUUCAGAAAGAGACCUACUCUGGGUCAUUUAAUUUUGAAUACAGUUUUCAAUCGUUCAAGUUUUGGAUGGUUUAUAUCUAAUGUGUGUUUCAUUUUUUUGGAAAGCUAUAUUUUGUAUUUAGGAAAUGGUAUACUAUUUUGCUAUUUGUACUGAGUGAGUACAUUGGCAUAAAUAUAGAAAUUUAUAUAUAUACAUAUAUAUAAACUAUUCUUUUUUGCCACACAUUUUUGUGGUAAAUUUGUGAGUUAGUCUGAUGUUCUACCACAACGUGGCGUCUGAUAACAGUGAGGGGGGGUUUGUUAUGUCUUUAUUGAGUAUUUAAGUAUCUUUUGAAACAAAUGACCUGUUUAUCUGUGGCCAUUCCAUCAGGCAGUUCUUUGAUGUUCCUAGUGGGCUAAAGGCAGCUUACUGUGUGUUUGCUGGAUAUUUUACUCAGCAAAAUGUUAGAGUAAGGAAACCCAUCUAGGCAGUUGUGUCAAAUGGUGUUUCACGAGAAUGAGCCAUUCAGUCUUUGCUCACUAUAUAUUUAAUAUUUUAUUAUUGUUAUUAUUAUUAUUAAUUGGCCUUCUGUGUUCUAUGCUUUUUUAUUUAUAAAGACACUAAAAAUGUUUGUAAUUUUAAUAACAUUUUCCCCACCUUGUAAUAUCCAGAGCUACUUUAUAAAUUCUCUGAACUGAAAGCAUUUUCCUCAAUAUAUCUCUUCUCCCCCCAUCACUAUCGAGAAAAAUUACUCAAUAUAGUUCAGGUUAUGAGAAAGACCAGCCACACAAUCCAGUGCUUCAGUUUUAAAAUGUAAAACUCCAACUGCAGAGGGUUAACAAAUGCCAGAAAGCUUAUCCAGCAAGUAUAAAAAUAAGAAGUAGAAAUAAAAUACUGUAAGUUUAUUUCUGAGUUUUCUGAAUUUUUUUCUAAGAGAUUAAACAGGAGACUCAGGAAGUCUAUUUGUUCACCAAAUUCUAAUUAGAAUGUUAACAUUGCUCUAUGGAUGAAGUGGUGGCAAGAAGACUGGCUGUGUGCUGAUUUCUGUUGUUUAGCAAGAGGUUUAUCAUUGUAAAAUGCUGAUUGCCAAUGCCAAGUCACCAGGGACCAAUUUUCUGUUUUAUAAUAUCUAAGUUUAGAACAGAACAUACACCUGAAUGGUUUGAUUGGACAGAGGCAGAAAACCCAGUUUUUAUUUUCAUAAAAUUUGUGGUUAUUUAUACAAGGGCUGUGCUAUGCUACCAUAUUCUUAUUCAAUAAUGAUGUUGUGUGUUUUUUUUAACAUUAUCAAAUGCUCCUUAUCCCUAAAGGUCAAUGUUAGGUACAGCAUUCUGAAUAUACAAUUUGGUUACAAAAAUAUUUAUCUUCUUAUUGAAGAGUUAGCUUAGUAGUCAGUGGUUGAUACUUGUGCUAAUAAUACAGUUUCCAGAUUACUGUUACAAGUUAUUUAUGGCAGAAGGUCCUAAAUAAGUUAUGAACCACAUUUUAGUCCUUUGUUUUGUUAUUAUAUUCAAUUGUUCUUGCUUUAGCAACUCACAUUAAUGCUUGGAGCUUAUCUCUGUGUCUGUGUUAGUGUUUGUGUGUGUUGUAUUCCUUAUUGUCAUUCCAUUAUAUAUCCACACCAACAUGGGAGAAGAUAAUUAGAAGUCAUAAUUUUGCUUCUGAGCUUUAUCAUGUUACCUUUGUAGUUAGAGUCAUGUUUUUAUUUAGCCAAUGCAAAUCUGUUUUCACCAGUCUCCCUAGAACAGGUUUUUUUAGAGGACUUUGUUUGUUAUAGAUGCAGUAUUAAUGAGGGACCUUCCUUCCUUUCCUCUCCUUCUCCUCCUCCUCUUUCUCCUAU